GAAAUCGUUUUUUUUAUUAGAUAAAACUUUGUUGGAUGCGGAAACGGAUCGAUGUUUCGUUGAGGAGAGGAAUGCACGCCAAUGCUCUCAAUAACAUUCCCACCACUAAUUUUGAACUUUGAACUGCUUUGCUUAUCUGUUUGGUACGGUCUUCAGUGUUGGUUUUGUUCGUUGAUAAGGAUGGUUAGGGCUUGGUACAUGGACGAGGACACCUCGAAUCCUCAAUUGGAACAUCACCUGGAUCCCGCCGAGUACGUGCCCAUCGAGGAUGUCUUCGAGCUGUCGGGAGUCGAGUAUUUCAAGUUGAACCUUGAGACGUACAAGACGGACGGUGUCUUGGAUGGUAUUAGGAAGGAGAGGAAGUACAGCUACGAGGAUGAGAUCACCUGCUCGGAGACGUGCAUCCCGAACUACGCCGAUAAGCUGAAGAUCUUCUUCGAGGAGCAUCUGCACACGGACGAGGAGAUCAGAUUGGUGCUCGACGGGGCCGGUUACUUCGACGUCAGGGACAAGGGGGACAGAUGGAUCAGGAUCGAGGUGGGUCCUGGCGACAUGCUGAUCCUGCCGAGCGGAAUCUUCCACAGGUUCACGCCGGACAAGCGAAUGUACGUCAAGGCCAAAAGGUACUUCAUCGGGGAACCGGUUUGGGUGGCGCACAAUCGUAUCGGAAGUCCUGCGGAGGGAAUGGACUGCAGGAAGGAGUACCUCAAGAAAGCGCAAGAGGGAUUCUAAUAAGACAACAAUGUUAAGUUAUCUUUAACCGAUGAAAAAUAAACGCAAAAUCGAAUAAAACUAUUUCUUGUGAAA